AUGUCAAACAACACCAUCAAGGUCGUCGCCCGGUUCAGGCCCCAGAACCGGGUGGAAAUCGAAUCGGGCGGCAAGCCAAUCGUCGCCUUCAGCUCGGAAGACACUUGCACACUUGACUCCAAAGAGGCGCAGGGUUCCUUCACCUUCGACCGAAUCUUUGACAUGUCAAGUAGACAACAAGACAUCUUCGACUACUCCAUUCGCCCAACCGUCGACGAUAUUCUCAAUGGCUACAACGGUACCGUCUUUGCCUACGGCCAGACUGGUGCUGGUAAAUCAUACACCAUGAUGGGCAAGAUGGACGAUCCCGAGCAGAGGGGUGUUAUUCCGCGCAUCGUCGAGCAAAUCUUUGCCAGCAUCAUGUCCAGCCCCAGCACCAUCGAGUACACUGUCCGUGUCAGCUACAUGGAAAUUUACAUGGAGAAGAUUCGUGAUCUGCUAGCCCCUCAAAACGACAAUCUCCCCAUCCACGAGGAGAAGAACCGCGGAAUUUACGUCAAGGGCCUUCUAGAAAUUUAUGUCUCCAGCGUCCAAGAAGUGUACGAAGUGAUGAGAAGGGGAGGUGAUGCCCGAGUGGUCUCUUCCACCAACAUGAACGCAGAGUCAUCACGAUCUCACUCCAUCUUCGUCGUUACCAUUACCCAGAAGAAUGUCGAGACUGGUUCGGCCAAGAGCGGUCAGCUGUUCUUGGUUGAUUUGGCUGGUAGUGAAAAGGUCGGCAAGACGGGUGCCAGCGGCCAGACGCUUGAGGAAGCCAAGAAGAUCAACAAAAGUUUGAGUGCCUUGGGUAUGGUCAUCAACGCCCUGACCGACGGCAAAUCACACUUUGUUCCCUACCGAGACUCUAAAUUGACCCGUAUCCUCCAAGAAUCUCUGGGUGGUAACAGUCGAACUACUCUCAUCAUCAACUGUUCUCCCAGCAGUUACAACGACUCUGAAACUUUGGGAACGCUGAGAUUCGGUACCAGAGCAAAGUCUAUCAAGAACAAAGCCAAGGUCAAUGCCGAGCUCAGCCCGGCAGAGCUCAAGGCUCUGCUCAAGAAGGCCCAAGGCCAAGUUACCAAUUUCGAAUCUUACAUUUCCAAUCUCGAAGGCGAAGUCCAAAUGUGGCGAGCUGGAGAGUCUGUGCCAAAAGACAAGUGGGUUCAGCCCACUGUCGAGGGUGUUGCUGCAGCCAAGGCUGAAGCAAAAGCACCACGGCCAUCAACUCCUUCACGGCUUACAGAAAGCCGCUCAGAGACUCCCAUCGCUUCUGAUCGUGCUGGCACCCCCAGCAUAACGCUAGAGAAGGAUGAGCGGGAAGAGUUCCUGCGCCGCGAAAAUGAGCUGCAAGACCAGCUUACAGAGAAAGAAUCGCUAGCUGCGACGGCCGAGAAGCAGCUUCGCGAAACCAAAGAUGAACUUGCUUUCUUGAAGGAGCACGAUAGCAAGAUAGGCAAGGAGAAUGAGAAGCUGACGACAGAGGUGAACGAAUUUAAGAUGCAGCUGGAGCGGCUAAACUUCGAGGGCAAAGAGGCUCAAAUCACCAUGGAUGCCCUCAAAGAAGCCAACUCGGAACUCACCACUGAGUUGGACGAUAUGAAACAGCAAUUGUUGGACGCCAAGAUGAGCGCUAAAGAGACGGGUGCUGCCCUUGAUGAGAAGGAAAAGAAGAAGGCCGAGAAGAUGGCCAAGAUGAUGGCUGGCUUCGAACUUGGAACUGAUGUUUUCAGUGAAAAUGAGCGAUCGAUUGCUGAAACUAUCAAGCACAUUGAUACCCUGCUCGAACAGAGCUCAAUCGGCGAUCACAUUGCACCAGACGAGUUCAAGGCACUCCGAGCAAAGAUGGUCGAGACCCAGGGCAUCGUGAGACAAGCAGAGCUGUCCAUGUACAGCGGAUCUUCCAACGAUCUGGAUGCCCGACGGAGGCAGGAGCUUGAGGCUAGGCUGGAAGCCUUGCAACAAGAAUAUGAGGAAGUAUUGACACGCAAUCUCAGCGAGACCGAUGUGGAAGAGGUCAAGGCACGACUGGAAGCCGUCUACGCCAAACGCGAGAAGUCUGAGACUCAGCUUGUCGAAGAGCUCAAGGCUGAUUUGAACCAAAAGGCUUCUGAGAACGCAAGGAUGAAGACUCUCAUCGACGAGCUUCAGCAGCGCGUCAAGGCUGGCGGUGCCGGUGCCAUGGCCAACGGCAAGACUGUCCAACAGCAGAUUGCCGAGUUUGACGUGAUGAAGAAGAGUCUCAUGCGAGAUUUGCAAAACCGCUGCGAGCGUGUCGUCGAGCUGGAGAUUUCACUCGACGAGACCCGCGAGCAGUACAACAACGUGCUGCGGACAUCCAACAACCGUGCUCAGCAGAAGAAGAUGGCCUUCCUGGAGAGGAAUCUGGAGCAGCUUACCCAGGUUCAACGCCAGCUGGUUGAGCAGAACUCUUCCUUGAAGAAGGAAGUUGCCAUUGCCGAGCGCAAACUCAUUGCCAGAAACGAGCGUAUCCAGAGCCUGGAGAGCCUGCUGCAAGACAGCCAGGAGAAGAUGGCAACUGCCAACCACAAGUUCGAGGUCCAACUUGCUUCCGUCAAGGAACGCCUCGAGGCUGCCAAAGCUGGCAGCACCCGCGGCCUUGGUGGUGCCGGCGGCUUCAGCUUCUCUGGCGCUGGUAGCCGCAUCGCCAAGCCUCUACGUGGCGGCGGCGGCGAUGCCCCUUCGACCCCCACGAUCCAAGGUGGCGAUGGAACCAGCAGCAAGCGCGGUAGUUGGUUCUUCAACAAGUCGUAG